UAUAUUAUCGGCAGUAGCGCGACAGCGACUCGCCGACCGGUCGUGUUUCAUUCUGCUCUUAAUAUACGUUAAAAAUGCUCAAACUAGUCAGAGGGAUACGGCGGUUGAACCAAUGCCGGCACAAUCACGCUGCCGUCAUCGGCACGGAGCCGAACCGAACAGAUCCUUACUACCAAGAGAAUAAGGCCAGAAUGGACGAGCUGGUCGACGAAUUACGGCAGAAAACCGGUGACGCCAUCAAAGGCGGCCCGGAGGAGGCCGUAAAGAGGCACACGGCGAGAGGAAAACUGCUCGUCAGGGACAGGAUUAACCGGUUGGUAGACGAGGGAAGCGACGUUUUAGAACUGAGCACGCUGGCCGCCACCGACAUGUAUAAAGGGCAAGUGCCGAGCGCCGGCAUCGUCACCGCUAUUGGCAAAGUUCACGGUCGCGACUGCAUGAUUGUGGCGAAUGACGCUACUGUUAAAGGAGGCACUUAUUUCCCUAUGACGGUGAAGAAACAUCUGCGUGCCCAAGCGGUGGCGCAAGAGUGUCGUCUUCCGUGCAUUUAUCUCGUAGACUCCGGAGGCGCGCACUUACCUGAUCAAGCUGAAGUCUUCCCGGACAAGGAACACUUCGGAAGGAUAUUCUACAAUCAAGCUAAUAUGUCUGCGGAAGGAAUUCCUCAGAUUUCAGUAGUGAUGGGCUCAUGCACUGCUGGAGGAGCGUACAUUCCCAGCAUGUCUGAUGAAAGUAUCAUAAUUAAAAAUCAAGGAACUAUUUUCUUGGCUGGUCCACCUUUGGUGAAGGCAGCUACAGGAGAAUCAGUGUCUGCUGAAGACUUGGGAGGUGCUGACUUGCAUUGUCGUCAGUCAGGUGUGACAGAUCACUAUGCUCAGGAUGAUGAGCAUGCACUGCAUUUAGCUAGGAAUGUUGUUGCCAAUUUAAAUUGGAAUAAUGAACAGCAUACUAGAAUUCACACGCCAAAAGUUGACGACCCCGUCCAUGACAUUAAUGAUCUUCAUGGCAUAGUUGGAGCGAAUAUUCAAAGACCAUUCGAUAUUCGCGAAGUUGUCGCUAGAGUUGUUGACGGAAGUAGAUUCCAUGAAUUUAAACAGCUUUAUGGAGAGACAUUGGUAUGUGGUUUUGCAUCCAUCUAUGGACAUCCUGUCGGAGUGAUCGGUAACAAUGGUGUGCUGCAUUCCGAGUCAGCUUUGAAGGGAUCUCAUUUCAUUCAGCUUUGUGCAGCCAGGAAGAUUCCGUUACUCUUCCUACAGAACAUAACUGGUUUCAUGGUUGGCAAGGAUGCAGAGGCCGGAGGAAUUGCCAAGAACGGUGCCAAAAUGGUGACAGCAGUCAGUUGUUUCAAGGGUCCCAAGAUCACAGUCUUAGUUGGUGGUAGUUUUGGUGCAGGAAACUACGGCAUGUGUGGUCGUGCGUACUCGCCGAGUUUCCUUUAUAUGUGGCCCAAUGCGAGAAUAUCAGUGAUGGGUGGACCACAAGCUGCUACAGUGCUGUCCUUAGUAGCCAAAGAGAAGGCUUUACGAGAUGGAAAGCCAUGGACUGAUGAAGAUGAGAAGAAGGUUAGAGCACCUAUGGAAGCCAUGUUUGAGAAGGAAGGAAAGCCAUACUACAGUACUGCAAGACUUUGGGACGAUGGUGUGAUUGCUCCAAAAGACACAAGAAAAGUGAUUGGACUUAGUUUAUCUGCAGCCUUGAACGCACCAUUUAGAGACAGUAAAUUCGGUGUAUUCAGAAUGUAAAGUGAUAAGACAGAGUGUAUGACGAAAUAUCUCGUUAUCAGUAAUUAAGUAGGCGUGAACGAUACUCUGAUUUUGUUAUUUUGAGUUUUACUAACUUUGUGAUUGUGAUAAUAUUCGCCUUAUGAUUUGAUAAUUUAGGGUAAAUUAAAGUGUGCUAUAUCAUCUUGGUCUUAUCGUUUCUGAUAGGGUUUCUAACCGGUGAUAGGGCUAGUAAUCAUUAUGAUUAGAAUAAAUUGAACAGCACAAGAUUUAUUUGAACAUUGACAUUACUUUUAUCUUCUAUGUUAUUUACUUUGUUAUACACGCCUACGUCUAAUGCAUACGUAAUAAACUUGUUUGUUUGAUAAAAUGAAUAUCUUCUAAUAUUUAGAAUAGGUACCUAUUUUUGCACGAUUUUUCGACAUUAGGUAACUUCUAUAACAAAGUCAUCAUGUUAUUUAAAUCAUACGAAAAUGCAAUUGAAACCAGAUGCGAUGUUAUAUAAAAAUGUUUUGAAAUGACUUUGUAUAUUCUGUUUUAUCUUAUUUGUUAUUGUGGAAUAAUAACAAUCAUGAGAUAAUAUCGUUACCUACAAAUUGAGACAUUCGUUGCUUUUAAAGGACAUGAGUGAAGUCGGCAGAUGUUGUAUAAAUGUUAUUCAAUGUUUUUGAUAAUCAUGUCAAUGCAAGUGUUUAUUCUGAUGUUUUAAAUGAAUUUAGUGGGCCUGACGUUGACAAUCCCUUUUAGAUUUGAAGGUUGAAAUUAUACAUUUUUGUGUAUUUCAAGAGGAUACUACUGAAUGAAUAUUAUCACAGAUGUUUUUUCAAUGGCAGCAUUUAUGUAAAUACGAGACAUAGUAUUUAUUUUUGUAUUAAACAUACCUUUUUCUA